AUGUCUACCGAGAGAUCCUUCAUUGCCAUCAAGCCAGACGGAGUUGCCCGCAACCUCGUUGGAGAGAUCAUUGCCCGCUUCGAGAAGAGAGGUUACGUCCUCGUCGGUCUCAAGCAGCUCGUCCCAACCGUCGAGAUUGCUCAGACUCACUAUGAGGAGCACAAGGAGCGUCCAUUCUUCUCAGGUUUGGUCACCUUCAUCACCAGCGGCCCAGUCGUCGCCAUGGUCUGGGAGGGUAAGGGUGUCGUCGCCACCGCUCGUGCCAUGAUCGGUGCCACCAACCCACUCUCCUCCGCCCCAGGCACCAUCCGUGGUGACUACGCCAUCGAUGUCGGCAGAAACAUCAUCCACGGCUCUGACUCCCCCGCCUCCGCCGAGCGUGAGAUCAAGCUCUGGUUCAACGAGUCCGAGCUGCUCUCUGUUGCCAAGCCAAACCCACACAUCUACGAGUCAAAGUAA